UCCGAUUUGCAAUUAACUUGUUUGAGAAUGACGAAACAUGUAAUAUAGAUAAUGUAGAGGUCAUUUUGUACGCCUUUCUAUCAUAUCCAUUGAACCAAUCCAAUGGGAUUCUCACGUUCAAUAUGAAUGUCAUAGACCAUACACGUCACACUGGCAUAAUUAAUACAUAACAAAGUCACAAUGGCAACUGAUAUCAUAAUAAAACGUUGAAUAAUCGCAGUGGCAAUGUCAGGGUUACAAAGUAAAAAGAAAUCUUAUUGGUACUUCGGAGGAUUAGCAUCUGCUGGAGCAGCAUGCGUAACACAUCCUUUAGAUCUUAUUAAAGUUCAACUUCAAACUCAGCAAAAGGGAAAAAUAUCAAUAGGUCAACUCGUAGUAAACAUAUUUAAAAAUCAAGGAAUCACAGCGUUUUAUGCCGGUCUGUCAGCUUCGUUAUGUCGUCAACUAACUUAUUCAACAACUCGAUUUGGAGUAUAUGAAGUUGCCAAACAAGCAAUAGAGAAAUCCAAUGGCCCAGCACCUGGAUUUGUGACUUUGAUAGCCUUAGCCAGUGCUUCAGGUGCAGCAGGGGGGUUUGUUGGCACACCUGCUGAUAUGGUGAACGUGAGAAUGCAAAAUGAUGGAAAAUUGGCCCCUGAAUUGCGAAGAAACUAUCGAAAUGUGUUCCAUGGGCUCUAUAGGGUAUUUGUAGAAGAAGGUGUACGAGGUCUCUUUUCAGGAGCAUCCACUGCUACUGCAAGAGCGAUUCUGAUGACUGUGGGCCAAAUUGCAUUUUAUGAUGCCGUCAAAGGUCAAUUACUUAAGUACAACUUUAAAGAUAAUACAUCCACUCAUUUUCUUGCCAGUUUGACCGCAGGCGCCAUCGCCACAACUAUGACUCAGCCAUUAGAUGUAAUAAAAACAAGGUCUAUGAAUGCAAAGCCUGGUGAGUUUAAAAAUGUAUUGGAGAUUAUUUAUUAUACAGCUAAACUAGGACCAAUGGGCUUUUUCAAAGGAUACAUUCCAGCAUUUGUGAGGCUGGGACCUCACACUAUUUUAACAUUUAUAUUUUUAGAGCAGUUGCGAAUGAAUUUUGGAUUUGUACCAAAAUCAUGAGAUAUAUAAUAAUAAUGCUUUAAAAUGAUAUUAAAAUAAUCAUGUCAGGUAAAAACAAUGCCUAAAUUUAUCAAAAUGGGAACAAGGUAAAUAGGAUAUAAUAAUAUGAAUAUAAACUGAUGCAUUAACAUACAUUCCAUAAACUAUAUUUAGAAAAAUAUAUAAUAAAUGAGUUUGUUUUAAAUAAAAGAAACUGUUUAUAUUAAUAAGAGCAACAAGUGUGAUAAAAAUGAUCGUAAUGCUCAGUACUAAUUACUCUCAUUAAUCGCAGUUCACAAUAUUCAUAAAAUAAACUCAUUUCCUUCUCUAUAUUUUUUUAUAAUAUUGAAUAGAUUUUAUAAAUAUAAAUUAUUAAAUAGAUAAAUGUACAAAUGACAAAGUGCAAAAUGAAACAAACCAUUCCACAGAGAGAAUACUCGCCACAAUUUUAAUAUAUAAAUUUUAAUAUAUGUACUUAUGUUAGAUGUUUUACUGUUUAUAAAGACAAAAAAAUCCUCGAUAUUAAUAUAAUGUUAAGACAUCAUAUUAUGUAUAUAAAAAUUAUAUAUAACUUGUUACAAAAAAUAAAUGCGUUAAGAGAAUGAAAGGGUUUGUAAAUAUUGAUAAGUAUUUUGAACAGACUUCCAGGUUCGUCCAAGUUUAAAAAAAGUUAUAUUUGGUUUAACAUAAUCACAAAUAAAAAUAUUAUCAAAUCAGAUAUUAAAAUCAGAACUGAGUUCUGAUUAAACUGAAAUUAA